AUGAAUCACAGGUCAAUUAGGCCAUCAAGUGCUUAAUAAAAUAUAUCUCAUGUAAGCGACAAGAAUGUCUCUUUUCAUAAGAAGUACUAUGAUUCAUUAAUAAUAAGUCCUUAUAAGUAGCCAAAUGUGCAGAACGUUUCAUAAUAUAGAGUGAAGGAGAGUGAAAAAUUAUUUGAAGAGAGUCUAUAACUUAAACUUUUAAUGAAUUAAUUGAAAGAUGAGAAUAUUAAAUUAAGAACUAGAAACACAAAUUUAGAAGUAAUAUUGCAAUCAUCAUCUAGAAAGACUUAUAAAAAUGUUAAAAAAUAAUAGAAGAAGUAGAGACUACAGGAAAUAUGAAACGAUUUUAUGCAAAACCAAGCACAGAUAAUUAAAUGAUUCUUAGUUUUAAAGGUUAAAUUAAAGAAUUGCGAUAAAAUCUAGAUUAAAGAGAAUAGGAAAUUUUAGCACUUAAAAAAUCAGCAAAAUAUACUAAACUAACAGAAAUGGAAAUUGAACGUAAAAUGUUAUAAGAUGAAACAAUUCGAUUAAAACAAGUGAUUGAUGAAUUAGUACAAUAAAAUUUAUAUGCUUAAUAAAAAGAGCAUGAUUUAUAAAAAUUAUAGGAUAUGAUUACAUAACGAGAUAAUCUUAUUAAAUAAUUGUAACUAGAUAUAGAAUCAUAUGAAACAGAUAAUAAAAAUCUUCAAUCAUAAUUAUAAUAACUUAUAUCAGCUUAUUAAGAUCUUGAUAGAGAAUACUCUAAAUUAGAUUAAACUAUGUAGAAUAAAGUAAAAUCUAAAGAUAAAUAAUUAAUUGAACUCAAAACACAACUUACAAGAUUAAAAGAACAAUAUGAAAAAGAAAAGAAAUUGCUUCAAUAACCUAAAUUUAGUCCUACUCUCAAAACACAUAAUAAAGUAACUAAACGUAUUUAAAGUGCAAAACCUCCUGAACAAAUCACUAAACCAAUUCAAUUAGAUGAUGUUAUACAUAUCAUCUAAGAAAUUAAAUAUAAAUUAAUUGCUAUGUCAUUACAUUCCAAAUAAAUUGAUAAUUUACUAUUCAAUUAAUCAACUUAAUUAACUACAAUUGGAUAAUUGACUGAAAAAUUAAUAAAUGAUCCAUUUUUCUUAAAUAAAACUGAUGCUAAUAACUUUGCUAGAUUUUUGAUAGAAACACCUUAAUAAACUUACCCAUAUAAUCCAAAUCUAUCCAUUUCUUAAGACAAUGGAUUAAUAAGAAGUAUGUUCUUUAAAGCAAUUGGAUUUUGGGCUUGUUACGACUAAGUUGAAAAAAGAGUAUUGGAAUCAUGUUUAUCAAAAUUAUUCAAAGGAUCUUUAAAUUAAAUAGAAAAAGUUAUGGGUAAAAAUGUGUAUACAAAAAAGGAUUUUAUUGUUUAAAUUUAAAAAAUACUACCAAAAAAAUAGAUUAGAGAAUUAGAAAUCACUUAUUUAAUUUCAAAAGUAAAUUUAUAUUUACAUUAUUAGAUUAUUUUGUAAUCAAAGAAUCUUAAUACUUUAAAAGGGGAAGCACUUGUAAAUUACUUAAGAGAAUUAGAUAAAAAUUAUAAUGAUGAAGAUGUUAGAGCUGAAGAAUUAUAAUAAUAUUAUGAUAAUUUAGGGUAAUGAUAAUUUAAAAUUAUUAUUUAAUUAGAUAAGAUAAAGGUUUCUUUUUCUAUAAAUAGUUAAGAAGUAAAUAAGAAUAAAUGAUUGCAUUAUUGGAAACUAAAGAAGAUAAAGUUGAGGAAAUAGAUAUUAAUUAAAUAAAUGAUGGGACACCAUAGAAGUCAGUUUAACAAUAUAUUAUAAAAGGAGGAUUAGUAAGAAGUCAUUCUGAUCCAGAUCCAUUAUAAUUAAUAUAAAUCUAAAAUGAUGAGGAACAAGAAGAAGAACAGAAUUAUGAAUAACAGAUGUAAUAAGAUUAUUUUAAUAAAUAAAAAUAUGAUAAAGAUCAAUACCCAUUUAAUUUUGAUGAAUAAGAAGGUGAGUAUGAAAAUAAUGAAUAAGAGAAUGAUGAUGAUUAGCCUGAUUUAAAUAAUGCUUAAAUUGAAGAAUAAGAUUAAUAUUAGGAAGAGGAUGAUGAUUACAAUAUAAAUGUUGAUGGAGUCUUUGAAGAAGAUAAUGAUGAUGAAAAUGAUUAAUGGGAGAAAGUAGAAAAUAAAGGCAAUUUUCCAGUUAGAUAAGAGUAAUUAUGUAUUAUAUAGAUAGCCGAUAAAUUCCAAAUAGUAGACCAACAUCAAGUUAUGUAAAUAAGGUUAAUAGAAGUAAUAGUGAUGUCAAAGCUAGUUUGGCUUCAGAAUUACAUCCUACUAAAGAAAUUAAUGAAGAGGGUAUAUUAUUUUUAUUAUCUAUUUAGAAUAUAUGGAGGAAUAAUUUGAAGAAGAAAAUUGA